GAUCGCGAAACGUGGCGGAACCCAAAGCUCCCAAAGCCGACGCUGAAGCCGCUCCGACAAGCAUAAAGCCAGCCAGUGAGUGAUCUCACAUUCCCUCCUUUCCCAACACCGACAAUACCUCUACCUCAACCGAUAGACAACAAUGGCCAAACAAAGCCCAUCAGCGAAUGUAGACACCAGCAAGCCAGUGACUGAAAUCGUCCUGGACGACCUGAAGGCCGACAUUGCAAAAUACCCAGCCACAGCCGUCACCCCUCUCCAGCUGAUAGAGCAUCCCCAAACCGCGGAGUCGACCGACACGCCGCUGCGUUUCUUGGCUUAUGCUGCUCGGUUCAAGACGUUGGCUAUCACUGGUACUCGAUACCUUGCUUACACGUCGGAUGUUGGUGAAGCGUUUAGGCCAGUAGUCCAUAAGAACCUCGUCAAUGCCGCAUACGGUAUCUCCUUCGCAUACGUCGGGUUCGAUGUCGCACUGGAAGGCUACAAGGCCGCCCAGCGCAACGCCGACAAGAUGGAAAUCGCCAGAGUAGUUGCCGAACGCGGCGUGUUCCAGGGUUUAGCGAGUUUGCUGCUCCCUGCGUUGACUAUCCAUACCGUUGUUGAUAUGACCGGCAAAGCUUUGAAGAGCCGCCCGAAGACGGCCUUCGUCCGAUGGACCCCAACCGUGGCAGGUCUUUUCGUCGUUCCCUUCCUCCCUAUCAUGUACGACCACCCUGUGGAGCACCUCGUAGCGAAAGCGUUCGACACUGUCUGGCCCCUGGAACGCCCGGUCACAUUGAAAGAUGUGAAGGAGAAGGUCAAGGAGAAAGUUCAGUGAGGCGCCUCAUAUGUUUUGGGAAUUCUCGGGCCUGGGCGCGAAUAGACUAGAUGGUGGGUUAAUUGUAAGGGUAUAUAGAUAGGUGGCUUUCGCAGGUGCUAAGUUGUAACCAACAUGAGGGUAUUAGGCACUG